CGGCUACCAUCAUGGACUGGGGGUCCUCAUCCUUCUUGAGGCUUCUACUCGACAACCCAGAUGACGACGAUCGAAAUGGACCGCCCCCAGGCAGUCCCCCAACGAUGACAUUCGAAGGGCCCUGGUUCACAACACAGAUCAUCAUGUCUGGGACGAUAGGGCUGUUCUCUUUCCUUGUGUUCUCCUAUUGCCGAACUCGGUGGCCCAUCCUAUUCGCUCCGCGCACGAAGCUCAAGGGCUUCUCGCCUCAUGAAGCGCACGCUCACCAAGCUUUCUUUGGAUGGAUUCUGCCCACCAUUCGCACCUCGGAAUUCACCGUCCUUCAGAUCGUUGGACUCGACGCCGCCGUGCUGCUCAGCUUUUACAAGAUGGCCUUCAAACUCUUCUCUGUCUGCUCAUUUUUUGCUUUGACUAUCUUGAUGCCCAUCAACUGGAUGCAUAAUAAGGAACUAGGUGACGACGAAGACUGGGGCGACGACACAGACGACUGGCCUAGUCUUUUCGGCAGCACACUUAGCAAUAGGCCAUUGUUCCGCAUCGCCUCCUUCGCGCCGAAUGGAAGCACGAAUGGAACUGUUCCCAAUCCAGAUGGAUCGAAUUGGCUCGACUUGAUCAGCGAAGCCAACUCAUACCUGUCCCUCUAUCUCAUAUUCACGUAUCUUUUCACUCUCCUCGCGCUCUUCUUCAUCUAUAAAAAUUAUCGCCGAUUCAUUCGUUCUCGCCAGCUUUACUCUCUGGAGCUGGUGCACUCCAUUCCUGCCAGAACGGUCAUGGUCUCAAACCUUCCCCGGCAUCUCCUUGGAGAAAGGGCUCUUGCCGAAUACUUCGAAAACAUGGAUCUCAGCGUUGAAAGCGUUACCCUGUGCCGCGAGGUUAGCUCUCUCAAGAGACUUAUCGACAAACGGACGGAAGCUCUCUUGGCGCUCGAAAGCGCCUGGACGAGUUACGUUGGCAAUCCGAGUGCAGUGGAGGAAUACGACCCGGAAGCGAGUGGAGGUCCUCUGGUGGAUGUCGAGUCUGGUCCGCAGCAACGACUGGUGGUGCCUCAUCGACCGAGACCGACGAUAAGGCCACGAUGGUUUGGACCGAAAGUGGAUGCAUUGGAGUAUCUUGAGACGGAGUUCAAAGACAUCGACGAGAAGGUCCGAAAACGACGUCUGGCAAAAUUCAAAGCUACGCCUGUUGCUUUCGUGACUUUUGAGAAGAUGUCGUCUGCACAAGUCGCGCUUCAAGUCGUUCACGCCUCAGCACCGUUGCGGUGCAAGACGUAUCCAGCACCCGAGCCCCGUGAUAUCGUAUGGUCUAACAUGACGCCAUCACAGCUGAACAUUCAGACUCGCGACGUAUUCGUUCUGGGCAUGAUCGUGCUCCUCUUCUUCUCGUGGAUCUUCCCAAUCACGGCGCUUGCCAGUCUGCUCAGUUACACUGAGAUCAAGAAGACGAUGCCCUGGCUCGGGAGGCUGAUUGACAGCAAUGACAAAGUACGGGCCAUCGUGCAGAACUCGCUGCCAUCAGUUGGUGUGAUCUCCCUCAAUGCGUUUCUUCCUUUCCUCCUCGAAGCCUUGACUUAUCAGCAAGGCUAUCGAGCACGUAGUUGGAUCGAAUAUUCAUUGUUGAAAAAGUAUUUUCUAUUCCUCCUCAUCAAUGUCGUGUUCAUCUUCCUAUUGGCGUCUACUUACCUCCAAUUGGUUUAUGAGCUGGCGAAUUUCCCUGCCAAAAUCCCAGAAAAGUUGGCCAAGGCGCUCCAGGCCGGGAAAGCUCGUAACUUCUUCCUUUCAUAUGUCAUUCUGCAAGGGCUUGGUAUCAUGCCGCUUCAACUGUUGAAUCUGGGUGUGACGAUUCCCCGAUUCUUCCGUCUGUUUGUGACACGCACGCCACGGGAUUUCGCCGAGCUGAACGCACCGCCAAUGAUCAACUAUGGGAUCGUAUAUCCUCAAUCGAUCCUCAUGUUUGUCAUCACCAUGCUCUACAGCGUGACACAGCCCUUGAUUCUCAUUUUCGGAGCCAUCUACUUUGGCGUGGCAUAUGUGGUCUACAAAUACAAACUUCUGUUUGUCUUCUACAAGCCAUACGAAUCACAAGGUCAAGCGUGGCCGCUGACCUUUGUGCGCUUGAUCUGGGGUGUCAUGAUCUUCCUGACGUUUAUGACUGGUUUCUUCUUGCUCCAAAACACUUACGCAAGCUCGAAGCUGUCGUACAUCAUCACAAUCCUUCUGAUCCCGCUCCUCGCCGGCACAGUCCUCUGGUCGUGGUACAUCGAGAAGGAGUUCAAGCCCCUCAGCGACUUUGUGGGUCUGAGUUCUGUGCACGAAGUCGAGCGCGGCCAAGAGUCAGCUGAUGUGGCUCGCUUGCAUGAAGGUCAUCCAGUCACGUGGUCCCAAAGCAAUCUUAAUAAGAGAAGAUAUGCUCAGAAUGAUGACACUCUUUACGUCGCACCCGAGGAUGAACGCACCGAUUAUUCGCAACCACCCAUGACGAACUGGUACCAGGGAGUGCUGAACACCGGCAAGAGACGAUAUGCGCAUCCAGCAUUGAAUGGGGUGCUGCCCCAGCCAUGGCUGCCACUGAAGAAGGGCCAGAUCCUUUCCACGAGCAACGACCCACGCAGCAUGGCAGGUCGCCAACCGAAAGAGAACAACGGACAGGCCGUUGUACUCACUCUCCGCAAGCGGGCCAGUGCUCGCCGACGGACGCAGAGCGAGGUCAUCGAGGAUGGGGUCGAGUCUGUUACUGCGCCUAGUGAAACAUCUGGGCCGAGCAGCAGCAACCCAUGGCAGGCCGAGCCGCGACGGACAUCUGCUCCGCUCAGUCAUCGUCUCAGUUUCGAUCCUGCCUCGGGUGUGAUCAAUCUCCCGGACGAUGAGGAUUGGCUGCUGGAAGACGAAGAGGACAGCGAUGAAGAUGACUAUGGGACUCAACAAGGGGGGCUGGAGAACUCAGUCCCAUCAUUGGCCGAAACCAACGCCAACGAUUCAGUGCUUGGAGCCGGUGUGAGUUCCAGUCCAAACACCUCGCCGUCCAGACUGUCACGGUACGGUACAUACUUCCAUCAUCCAGAGCGGAGAAGACAAGUUAUCCCUGGCGCGUUUCCACGCUGAGAUACCCUCUAUACAGUACACAUCUUAUAGUAGAUAUCACCAGUAUCUAGGGUGGCGUCAGCAUCAAAUGGGGAGCAUCAGG